AUGGGUAUGUUACAAUCAGAGUCUAUACGGAGGCCCGAGUUGGUCUCGUUUGACGACAUUGAUUACGAAAAGUUCCCCGAAGUUCAAAAUGCUAGAAACUCCAUGUUAAGAGAACAGUGGAUAAGAACCUACGCUUUGAGAAUCACCCACGAUGCAUUAAGAAAGUGUAAGCAAUACCACAAGGUCGACGCCCAGAAGAACUGCAGACCAUUGAUAUUAAAGUACAUGAAGAUGCUUGAAACAUACCCCUUGCAAGGUUACUUGGGAUACCAAAAGAACGAUCCUUCGAAAAACUAUGCCACUUUACGUGAAAUUGAAAUGCGUCUUAAGUCCAUCAAGAACAUUGAAAAGAUUACCAAAACUAUGAAGAUUGUUGCCUCCACUCGUUUGAACAAGGCCCAAAGAGCUAUGGAAUCCUCCAGAGUCUUCAACAAGUCUGACUCUGAAUUCUUCACCAACGCUGAACCAGAAAAGGGUGAAGCUGACAAGACCUUGUUGGUUGUCGUUUCUUCCGACAAGGGUUUAUGUGGUUCUAUCCACUCACAAAUCUCCAAGGCUGCUAGAAGAAGAGCCGCUGAAUUGGACGGUAAGGUCGACAUCGUCACUGUUGGUGAAAAGGUAAAGGCCCAAUUAUUAAGAACUCACGGUGACAAGUUGAAGUUGUCUUUCAGUGGUGUUGGUAAGGAAGCUCCAAACUUCAACGAAGUUGCUUUGAUUGCUGACGAAAUCCAAAAGUUGGGUAAGUACGAAGACGUUGAAGUUUUAUACAACAAGUUUGUUUCCGGUGUCUCUUUUGAACCAUCCAACUUCUCUGUUUACGCCGCCGACGCCAUCGAAAAGGCUCCAGGUUUGUCCAAGUACGAAUUGGAAUCCGAAGGUAUCUCUGAGACCUUGUCCGAAUUCUCCUUGGCUAACUCUCUUUUGACUGCCAUGGCUGAAGGUUACGCUUCCGAAAUUUCUGCUAGAAGAAAUGCUAUGGAUAACGCUUCCAAGAACGCUGGUGACAUGAUCAACUCCUACUCCAUCUUGUACAACAGAACCAGACAAGCUGUUAUCACCAACGAAUUGGUUGAUAUCAUUACUGGUGCUUCCUCUUUGGACUAA